CUUCUUCCUUGCCACCGUCGUCCUGUUGAUCAGUUAGUUAAUUAAUAUGACCACCAGCUAGUCUGACCUUCCCUUCUCUUCUCUGUCUUCAGCUUUCUCUCGCGUACCGUCACCACCCCCCUUUUUUUCUCUUUCCCUUUUUCCCUGCCCUUCCGCCCCACCUAGAACCCCCUCCCCACCAGACCGCGUAGACCGCGACGAUAGCGACAGCGACGAAGAUGGGCUCUCGCCAGACGAGGUACGCGAACCUGGCGCAGGGGCACGCCGUCGACGACCGCGACGACGCGCGGUCGAGCACCGAGGUCGAGGACUCGCUGAUGGGCGACGACCACGGCGGCAAGGAGUGGCACGACGUCGAGCUUGACGGGCGCAGCGCCCUGGCCGGGCUCCCGCGGGGCCGGCGCACGCUGCGCGCGCGGCUCGCCGCCGCCGCCGGCACCGCCCGCUGGGCCCUCGACACCGCGCUGCUGCUCGUCAUCCUCGGCCUGCUGCUCCGCGACCAGGCGCGCCAGCCCACCACCGCAGCGCCUCAGGGCGCCGCGUCCUCGCUCGCCGUCGGCGACGUGAAUCCCUGGCAGUUCGGCCAGGACCUGACCGGGGUCGGGCCUAGAUUCUCACAGGAGAUCACGACGUUCGUGCGGGACGAGUCGUACGCGCCGAACGACACGGCGUCCUUCUUCACGGACGAGGUGCUGCAGCGGUGGAACGACCUGAUGCCGAAAGGCAUGGGCUUCGUGUGGGUCAACGACACCAGCAAGUACCAUGACCUGCCCACGCCCAUCAUGUGGCCGGAGAAGACGGUCUUCACGACGUCGGCGACGCACCAGCUGCACUGCCUGUUCGCCAUCGUCCAGACGUACUCGGGUAUGUCGUCGGGCCAUGAGAUCCCGGACGACCACCACUGGCACAUGAUCCACUGCUUCGACUACAUGCGGCAGGCCAUCAUGUGCAGCGCCGACAUGGCCCUCGAGGGCCUCGAGACCACCUUCCCAGACCACAACGGCGGCUCCGACGGCUGGGACUCCAAGCACGUCUGCCGCAACUGGAACGACGUCAAGUCCUACCUGGAGAGCGUGCGCGCCUACGACGACAAGCUCAUCUACUAGAGAAUACGAGGAGUCUACGGGAGACGGGGGCCUGGCCGAAGGGAGCCGUCAGUUUAUAGCGAUCAAUAUCAGCCACACGUGCCA